CAACGGUCUCGACUGUGGAGGAACAACAUCUCUGUCCAUCAUGUCCAUCAAGUACCAAAGUACUUUUUUCGAACACAUAGUGUUAGAUGACAACAGUUCUGAGUAUGGAUCAGGGGAAUUUCAGGACGAUUAUGAGGAGGCCUGUGAUCCCCAGCCUAGGAGUGAUUUCCAAAAGAUCUUCUUUCCGACGGUGUUCGGAAUCAUCUUUGUUUUGGGCAUCGUUGGAAACGGACUAGUAGUGGUGGUGAUGGGCUGCCAGAAAAAGUCAAGAACCAUGACCGAUAAGUACAGGCUUCAUCUCUCAGUGGCAGACCUCCUAUUUGUCCUCACUCUGCCCUUCUGGGCUGUGGACGCGGCUAGCGACUGGUAUUUCGGAAGCUUCGUUUGCGUGGCCAUGCACAUGAUCUACACUGUCAACCUGUACAGCAGCGUGCUUAUUCUGGCCUUCAUCAGCCUGGACAGGUACUUGGCAGUGGUGCACGCUGCCAACAGCCAGGCUCCUCGCAAGCUCCUGGCAGAGAAGGUGAUCUACGUGGGUGUGUGGUUACCAGCCGCCCUCCUCACAGUGCCAGAUCUGGUGUUCGCUAAAGCCCAGGAGACAUCCUCCAGGACGCUCUGCAUGCACAUGUACCCUCUGGAGAACAACUACAUCUGGACGGUUGCCUUCCGCUUCCAGCACAUCUUUGUGGGGUUUGUUAUCCCGGGCCUCAUCAUCCUCAUCUGCUACUGCAUCAUCAUCUGCAGGCUGUCCCAGGGCUCCAAGGGCCAGCAGAAGCGCAAGGCCCUGAAGACCACGGUCAUCCUGAUCCUCUGCUUCUUCAGCUGCUGGCUACCCUACUGCGCCAGCAUAUUUGUGGACAACCUGAUGCAGCUGGAGCUGAUCCCCCACAGCUGUAGCCUGGAGCGGAGCCUGGACACGUGGAUCUCCAUCUCCGAGGCCCUGGCCUACUUCCACUGCUGCCUCAAUCCCAUCCUCUACGCCUUCCUGGGAGUUAAGUUCAAGAAGUCCGCCCGGGACACCUUCGCCAGCAGCAGAGGGUCGAGUCUCAAAAUACUGCCCAAAAGGAGAGGCGGGCAUUCCUCGGUCUCCACAGAAUCAGAGUCCUCAAGCUUCCACUCCAGUUAACAGCGGCUCUUCCGGAGCCAAUUUUAUUUUGGAGACUUAAGCUUUUUAUUUGAAAAAGGGACUAACUACUGAACUGUAAAUAGUUUUGUUUACAAUUUGAAAGGAUUUUUAAAACCACGUCUACUCUUCAGUUUGUUUUUUAUUUAACAUUGGAAUGUUCAGGCGGAGCCUGCUGGCCAUUGAUUGGCCAUGCCUAUUGUAAUAGUCUGUAAAUACUGUUUCUAAAUACUGAAUCCUAUGCCAAAGACAUCAACCAAAAUUGAAUGAGGCUGAUCAGGCAUGCAACACAUUCAGAGCUGCAAUGUAAAACACCAGAUAUUCACGUUACAAAAUGUGUACAUAGUUGCGAAUCUUAGUUUGUAUGGUAGCACUUAAAUCCGUUGUUUACCGACAAGCAGUUAUUUAUGAAGACUGCAGUUAACAUUGACCAUGUGAUGGGAAGAUUUUGGAAAUUUUUUUUCUCAUGUCAAGAUAAUUUCAGAAUUGUCGCUUUAACUGCUCAAAUGUUCUGAAUAAAACCCCA